AUGGAAUCUAAAAGGGAUGAACAUAUUGAUGAUGGAUCAGAAUUAGAAACUAAAUGCAACUUGGAAAUCGGAAAUAUAAAUAUAGAGAAAGAAAAUUAUGAAUAUUUUAACAGAAAUCACAUAGAAGACAAUGAAGAAUUAAGUAUGGGAAGUAUAGGAAGUUCAGAAAAUGUAUAUAAUCAAAAUGAAGAAAUGAAAAAAAUUGUAAAUGAAAUAGACGAAUCUGAGAAAGAUUAUGAAUAUUUAGAAAAUAUAGACGAAGAAAAUUGUAUCCAAUUUAGUCAUUUUAGUAAUAAUGAAAAUAACUCUGAAUCUAUUAAACCCUCUAAUUCGAAUAAAUAUAAAGAAUCUUUUGAAAAUUUUGAUAAUGAAGAAAAUACACUAAUAUCGAAUAAAUUUAACCAAAGUGAUUAUAUAAAUAAAAAUAAUAUCUCUGAAGGGGGGUGUUCACAAAAUGAAGAAAGAAAUGAAGUUGAUGUAGAUGCAAAUUGGGUAAAACAUGAACCAUACAAUGAAAAUAUAAAAAAUAAAGAUGUAAAAAUAGAAACUAUAUUUGAAAAUGAUAUAAAUAAUAAUUAUGUAUUAACAAAAGAAAAUGUGGGUAAUAAUAGUACUAAGUUAGUAAAUUGUGAAAAAGUAAAUAUUUUGAAUAAUAAAAAUGAAUUAGAACAAAAUAUAUUUUCUAAUAAUUUAAAAAAAAAUGAUAACAAAAAUGAAAAUAAUAUUAUUAGUGUAAUAAAUAAAAAAAUAUCAAAACGUAAGAAUAACUUUUUUAAUUUAUUUAAAAAAAAAAAUGCUUUAAAUGUACGAGAAAAUAAUGAAGAUGAUAAAAAUUGUAAUAAAAAAAUGGAUUAUUAUAAAACAGAUAAUUUAUAUAUUAAUGAAAAUAUAGACAUGGAAAAAAUAAAAAAUAAUGAAAUAAUAAAUGAUGAAAAUAAUAAAAGUAAUGAUAAUAAUUUCUCAGAAGGAAAAGAAUUAACAAUAAAAGAUAUUAGUGAUUAUAAAAAGGUAUCAGUAGACAAUAACGUUGAUUUAAAAAACUUAGAUUCUAAAUAUAAUUUUACAGAAUUCCAAAAUAAUAUAAAUACUGAAAAGGGUGAACAUACAAAUAGUAUUAGAUACUGCAUCCAGGCAAGUGAUAAUCUUAUUUUAGAUGUAAAAGAGGAGAGAAUUGGAAUAAUAAAUUUGAAUAAUGGACAAGAAGGUUUUAUAAAAAAUAAUAAACAAAAUGGAGAAAGCUAUAACAACAAUAAUAAUAAUAAUAGUAAUAAUAAUAAUAAUAAUAAUAAUAAUAAUAAUAAUAAUAAUAAUAAUAGUAGGAAUAAUAAUAAUAAUAAUAAUAGUAGGAAUAAUAAUAGUAGGAAUAAUAAUAAUAAUAAUAAUAGUAUGGACGACGAUUUUAUUAAUGAACGAGAAUAUAGUAAAUUUCAAAUUUUAACAAAUAUACCAAGUGGCUCUACAUCUAUAAAAAAAAUAUACAGUUUUGAUAAAAUAAAAUCAUUUGUUUCUAAUAAUACUUUUUUAAGAAAAAAAACAAGUACACUCUUAAAAAAGAAAUCCAAAAUAUCAAAAGAGCUUCAUUUUUUUUGUUAUAAUUAUAAUAAUUUAUUAUGCUUCAUAUUUUAUGUAUUAUGCUUUGGUUUUAUAAUAUCUUCUUUAUAUUACGAUUCUUGGAAAGAACAUGAAAUUAAAUUAAAAUCAGAUAAUAUGAAAAAAAUUGUGCAUGUAAAUAUUGGAAGUACUACAAUUAAGAGAAUACAAAAAAUUAUUAAUAGUAAUGGAGAUGUAAUAUAUACAAUUGAUAAAAACCAAAAGAUGGAUUCAUUACUAGAACAUCAAUAUUGUAAAAAUGUAAAAAAAGACGAUUUAGAAAACUUUUUAAUUGAUUUAGCAUCUAAAAACCAAUUAAAAAAUAAUGAAGAAGAAAUAUUCAAUUCUAAAAAAAAAUUAAAUGAUUCUUUUUUGUUGCAAGCUUUAUUAAAUAUCGGGGAUGUUGGACUAUUAAAAGAUGAAAAAAUUAUUUUAUCACGUAAGUAUAUCUUUGGAUCAACUAUAUAUAAUUUAGAAUGUAAAUUUUUAGGACGAUUAAAAAAAGCGGGAAUAUUUCAUAAAAUAUUAUUAUAUGUUAUAUUAUUAUUCCUAUUUAUAUCUAUAUCAUUAUUAUUAUUUAUUAUUAUAAAAUAUAAAUCUAUCCAGAAUAUACAAAUAAUUAAAUAUAUUUCAUUUGUUUUAGCUAACUUUGCUCUUAUAACAUUAAUAUCAACAAUGUUUUCUAUAACCCGAGAAUAUAAUAUACCUCUAUGUGUCCAAACCGAUGGAAGUUCAGACAUUUGUGUUGAUGGCCGAUCAAUUUAUUUGAUUCGCGCUUCGAUUAUUUUAAUAAUUUUCUCAAAUUUAUUUUUUUGCAAAUUUAUAAACAUUAUAAAUAACAAUAUAAUGGAUGAUGUAGUCGUCUAG